AUGGCGGUGCUGCUGGAGCACGAGAGCCAGAUCUUCCUGGACCUCUUCCACCAGGACGGGCUGGUGAUCUGCGCCCGCGGGCUCGGCAUCGACCGCUUGCUGCUGCGCUUCCUCCGCCUCUACUGCGAACCUGCCAGCCUGGUGCUGGUGCUGAACACCAGCCCCGCCGAGGAGGAGUAUUUUAUUGAUCAGCUAAGGUCAGAUGGAGUUGUUCAUCUUCCUCGGCGUGUUACCAAUGAAAUUACAAAUAAUACUCGGUACGAAUUUUACACAGAAGGAGGAGUUAUCUUUGCAACAAGUCGAAUCCUUGUGGUAGAUUUCCUUACUGACAGAAUUCCUGCAAACCUCAUUACCGGCAUUUUGGUAUACAAAGCGCACAGAAUCAUUGAGUCCUGUCAGGAAGCAUUUAUCUUGCGACUUUAUCGCCAGAAGAACAAGCAAGGCUUCAUUAAAGCUUUUACAGAUAAUGCGGUUGCAUUUAACACUGGCUUUUGCCAUGUGGAAAGAGUGAUGAGAAAUCUUUUUGUCAGGAAACUUUAUCUGUGGCCAAGAUUUCAUAUAGCAGUGAACUCAUUUUUAGAGAAGCAUAAACCUGAAGUGGUGGAAAUACAUGUGUCAAUGACCCCUGCUAUGCUUGCUAUCCAGACUUCAGUCCUCGACAUUUUGAACGCAUGUCUGAGAGAACUCAAACGUUAUAAUCCAGCUCUUGAAGUGGAAGAUCUAUCUUUAGAAAAUGCUAUUGGUAAACCUUUUGACAAGACAAUACGUCACUAUUUAGAUCCUCUCUGGCAUCAGCUUGGAGCUAAGACAAAAUCUUUGGUCCAGGAUUUGAAGAUACUAAGUACUUUGCUACUGUAUCUAACUCAGUAUGAUUGUGUCACUUUCCUUAAUCUUCUGGAGUCACUGAAAGCAAGUGAAAAAGCUUUUGGUGAGAAUUCAGGUUGGCUGUUUCUUGACUCGAGUACUUCAAUGUUUGUAAAUGCUCGAGCUAGAGUUUAUCGCAUUGCAGAUGAGAAACUGAAUCAGAAAGGCAAAGUCUCUGAAAAAAGUGAUGUAAAGAAGGAAAAUGAACUGAAGAGAGAAUUGGUUCUAGAAAGUAACCCAAAAUGGGAAGCUUUGAGAGAAGUACUAAAAGAGAUUGAAAAUGAGAAUAAGAACAGUGAAGACCUUGGUGGUCCAGGGCAAGUGCUUAUUUGUGCCAGUGAUGACCGAGCUUGUGCACAGCUCAGGGAAUAUAUUAUUGCUGGAGCAGAAGCUUUUUUAACAAGACUGUAUAACAAAACCUUCGGAAAGGAUGAGAAAGCUGGAGAAGUGUGGAUUAAGGACAGAAAAGCUGUCAAGUCCAAAGGAAAUGCCAGACCAGACACAGGGCCUCAAGCCAAAAAGGCCAAACUCACAGCUUCUUCAAAACAAAAUAAACACAAGAAGCAGCAAGACCGGACUAUAAUCCAAAUGAUAGGGAAAACUGAGGAGGAAAAGAGAGAGGAUUUAGAGGUGGAAGAUAACAAAGAAUUAAGCAGUAGCCAAGAAAGCAGUAUUGAAGAGAACAUUCCUGAAGAUUUCCAUGUAAACUUACCCUCAGAUUGUUACUACGGUAUUUUCAAGAACCCGCUCACAAUUAUUCAUCCAUUGCAGGGUUGCAGUGAUCCCUAUGCGCUCACUCGGGUACUGCAUGAAGUAGAACCAAGAUACGUUGUAUUAUAUGAUGCAGAACUAACUUUUGUUCGGCAGCUGGAAAUCUACAAGGCAAGCAGGCCUGGGAAGCCUUUGAGAGUUUAUUUCCUCAUAUAUGGGGGCUCAACAGAAGAACAGCGCUAUCUCACAGCUCUGAGAAAAGAGAAGGAGGCCUUUGAAAAACUCAUUCGAGAGAAGGCCAGCAUGGUUAUUCCUGAAGAAAGAGAAGGAAGAGAUGAAACAAACUUAGACCUAGUAAGAGAUGCUAAACCUGCCUCUGUUUCUACUGACACACGCAAAGCAGGUGGACAGGAACAGAAGAAUGUUCAGCAAACUGUAAUAGUCGAUAUGCGGGAAUUUCGUAGUGAGCUUCCAUCACUGAUUCAUCGUCGUGGUAUUGACAUUGAGCCUGUUACUUUGGAAGUUGGAGAUUAUAUUUUAACUCCUGAUAUCUGUGUAGAGCGGAAAAGUAUCAGUGAUCUGAUUGGUUCCUUAAAUAAUGGAAGACUGUAUACACAAUGCAUUUCUAUGUCCCGUUACUAUAAGCGACCAAUUCUCCUGAUUGAAUUUGAUCCUAACAAAUCUUUCUCCUUGAUUCCACGAGGCUCUCUACAUCAGGAAAUUUCCAGUAAUGAUGUUACUUCUAAACUAACCCUUCUUACACUACAUUUCCCAAAGUUACGUAUCCUGUGGUGUCCCUCUCCCCAUGCUACUGCUGAACUGUUUGAAGAGUUAAAACAAAACCAUCCUCAACCUGACGCAGAAACAGCAAUGGCUGUCACAGCAGAUUCUGAAAUUCUUCCCGAGUCAGACAAGUAUAACCCCGGUCCUCAGGACUUUCUAUUAAAAAUGCCAGGUAUUAAUGCAAAAAACUGCCGUGCCUUAAUGAGCCACGUUAAAAGCAUUGCAGAGCUAGUCACACUGUCAAAGGACGAACUCUCCAAAAUUUUGGGUAAUGCUGCCAAUGCCACGCAACUCUUUGACUUUAUUCACCUGACCUAUGGAGAGGCAAUAUCUAAAGGAAAAAACAAAAGAUGACUAAUGAGACUGUUCAACAUAGGGCAUAGAUAAGUUUUUCUUGCACAGUACUUUGGCAAAGUGCAUGAAAUCUUUUAAUGCCCUCUAAGAUAACCAGCUGUUUCUUGCUAAUCCUGUUCCAUCAGUUUUAACAUUUGAGUUAAUUAUUACUGAAGGCAAGUUUCAAGACGAAUAAAAAAUGUUUUUAAUAGGGAAAUGCAAAUUAUUUUUAUUCUUUCUAGGGCACUUUAACCAGUUCUAUAAUAUCACUGAAUUAACUAGAUUUCUUCACCAAGUCCAUAAGAAUUAAGUGCUAAGACUAACUGAUAAAGGUGUUUUCUUUUGAAAGUUAUGAUGUCUUGUUAAAGCUAAAAAUGUACUGUGUUUUGAUUAGUAUGUGUGACCUGUUGCAUGAUACAUCACUUUGCUUUUGCCUUUUUUAUUAAUGUCUUACUGUCUGGAAACUGCCAAUUUUCGAUUGACAGCAAUGGAGCUAUUUGAAACACAUUGUGGUCUUUUGUCAGGAGUUCGUUUAGGAGAACACACUUGGACUCAAUUGUGAAUUUUAGAACAUCACCAUAAGCCUUUGUCACAGUAAACUACAAUUGUGUGGUACGUUCUGCGUUGUAUUUGCUUACUUCACUAGAAGUUACACUUUCUUUUUUGACAUUCCAAAGUCAGUCCAGCUCUGUCUUGGUAGAUUUUGCAAAGUGCGUUCCUUUGGUCUAGACUGGAUAGAGAUUCUGUGGUGGCACAAUACAACUUAAUUCUCAGCGUGCCUUACUUAGACUUUUAAGAUGCUUUAUUUUUUUAAUCAGUUUUGAUAGCUCUUUCACCUCAUUCACUUGAAAGUGAAAAAUCUAGGUAUACCAUUGGGACUAUUCCUUUUAUACCAGACCAUAUUUCCUCUCAUAAAAUGCAAUAGUUUUCUAAGUAAGGUUUUCCAAAAGUGUUGACAGUUCUUCCAAUAUUGUCUUCUUUCUGUGUCCUACUGCACUUGCAUUUUAAUGUCUUAAAUAGACCAUCUGUCAGGAAAUUCAGUAAAGCUAUUGUCACCUGGAAGAUAAAACUUUCAGCAUUCUGUGUAGCAUAAAACAGGGAAAAAGUUACUCUUCUUCUGAUAGUUUGUGAAUGUGUAUAUUGUUAAAAACGUAUAUUCUGCAGUGAACUUUCAUAUGACAACUAUGUAACAAACUGCCAUUGCCAAAAGGGUUGGUCCUGUGUCAUUACAUGCUAAUGUAUUUACAUUAGCUAUUUACAAAACCUCUAUCUAUAAUGACUUGCACAUAUGUAUUUAUACGAUUCUAAUGCUAACAACAGAUCAAUAUAAUCUCCAUCAUUGAAGGAGAAAAUAUUGAUUUUCUGUAUUCAGGUUCAGUAAAAACUGUACUGUGCACUUUCAAGUUUAAUGUUUACUGUGCAUUUUAAAUGUGAAUUAUGAAUUUGUUAACUUACAGUCUAGGACUGAGCUGUGACAGAUUUCCAAAGUGAACAUUUUUCUGCAGAUGCAAAUUUCAGUAUUAAAUACAUCCAUAAGAAGAUUAAAAUAUGUUAAUUAUCUUGUUUCUCAUUUGGCUGUAUUUAUAUCAGAACAUUUUUAUUUUUAGUGUGUGGUUUAUAAUCUAGAUCUUAGGGUUUCUAUUGCCCUAUAUUCUAAUUUAUUUCAUUUAAUAUAAAGAAGUCUUUCCAUGAGACUUUUGCUUAUUCAAAGCAAUAAGGUCAGAAAUGUUCAGGGUUGAGAAUGCCUGUAAAAUGGUGCUAAGAGAACAGAAAAUCAGAGUAAGAACAUAACUGUCCUGAAUGCAUGGCCUAUAGGGCCUGAUUCAGAAAAAGAGAGCUGAACAACCUUUGAAAACAUGUAUUGUUCGUGCAUUUGCAUCAUUAAGAUGUUACACGAACUGUGGGUUUGGGUUUUUUUCAGAUGUACUGCAUCUCAGCUUUGUCAGUGGGGUUUUUUUGCUUAGAUUUGUAUAAGGUGAAAAUGAAGGGUAUAUGAAGAGGUUAUAAAGUUGUAGCUUUGUGUUGUACACUAGAUCAAAGUCACAAUGCAAUUAAAUAAUUAAUAUUUGCUAAAUAUUUAGAUUAAAUUACCUUUUGUUUAUAUAUGUGAAAUUUUUGUAAUCUUUUUUUUUUUUUUUCCCAAUGCAGGAUUUGGCUUUUUCUUUAAAACAACCACAAGUAAUGUUGUAUGUUAUUACUGCUUAUUUGUGAUUUGGCAUUUUACUGUAUUAGGUUAGGUUGCAAGUUAGUGGUGUGUCCUUCUGGGGCAGUAGGUACACAUUGUGAACAAAGGUGGAAGAGAUCUUGUCUCCUGAAACACUUAACCCUGAAAUAACCAAGCCAAAGAGUCUACCUGUAUGCAGACGCAACAAAAUGUUUGGGUGAAAGACAAAAAUCCUUAGGAUGCAUUCCCUGGCCUUAUGGUGUUCUUUAGCUUGCUUUCAUCAACAGUAAUGAAAUUUUGUAUAUCUUGUCAUUGCUUGAUGUUUUAAGU